AAUGCUAAGUUAGAGCGCGGGAAACCUGUCGACGCCAUCAACGUUCCCGCGUUGUCGCCUUCUCUCCCUCAUCUCCCUUCGCAUUUGUGUUCCUUUCGGUGCUCCGUGCACGCCCACCACACGGCAGCGCCCACUGCCCGGCCUAUGGCGCCCCAAUGUCGGUCAACGACUACGAGAAGAUCGAGAAAAUAGGCGAGGGGACCUAUGGCGUUGUUUACAAAGCUCAGGACCGGAUCACUCGCAGGAUCGUCGCCCUCAAGAAGAUACGACUAGAGAACGAGGUGGAUGGGGUGCCGAGUACAGCCUUGAGAGAAAUAACCCUGCUGAAGGAACUCGACCAUGAGAACAUUGUGCGGCUUGUUGAUGUGGUACAUGGGGACCGCAAACUGUACAUGGUUUUCGAGUACCUGAAUCAGGACCUUAAGAAGCUGUUCGACCAAUGCCCAGGGGGACUGCCACAAGAUUUGGUAUGCAGUUACAUGCAACAGCUACUGAGAGGAAUUGCAUUUUGCCAUGCGCACCGCAUUCUCCAUCGGGAUCUCAAACCUCAGAACCUCCUCAUUGAUGCUAAAGGUUACAUAAAGCUUGCUGAUUUUGGACUUGCAAGGGCAUUCUGCCUUCCUUUAAGGGCAUAUACUCAUGAAGUGGUGACACUUUGGUACCGUGCGCCAGAAAUUCUUCUUGGGGCAAAGAACUAUUGCACAGCUGUGGAUAUGUGGAGUUUAGGAGCUAUAUUUGCUGAAAUGCUCACAAAGAAGGCCUUAUUCCCUGGCGAUUCGGAAAUCGAUCAGCUCUUCCGCAUCUUCAGGACGCUUGGUACCCCAGGUGAAGAAGACUGGCCUGGUGUGUCCCAGCUUCCAGACUACAAGAGAUCAUUUCCACGUUGGGAAGUAAAUGCUGCAAGUAACUUGGCUCAGCUGGUGCCACAAUUAGACACUAAUGGGAGAUGCUUGUUGCUGAGAAUGUUGACUUACAACCCAAGGAUGCGUAUUACAGCCAGGCAAGCUCUACAACACGAGUAUUUUGAAGAUUGCAAGAUGGUUCCUCCACCCCAAAAUUUUGUUAGAAGCUAGAGAAUUUUGUUUCAUACAGGAGUAAUGUAGUAUUAGGGAUUGAUUAAUUGGCUUUUAGUGUUUUAGAAUUUUUCUUUUUAUUGCUGAUUGAAAAGUAGAAUAAGUGUUUAUGAUUCAAGGAUUUUUUUUAUAUGGAGACUGAAUGCAAAAUGUAUAGCAGUUUUGUUACUUAUUAAUACUGUCAUUGCUCCAUUUUUAGUAUUGAGAGGGAAGAGUUUUUAGUUUAGGACCAUUCUUUUUAUUUUUCAACAUUGAGAAUGUUGAAGUACAAGUGAAGUUUUGAGCAAGUAAUUCUGUUAUGAAUUAUUUCUCGUCCUUUGUUUUAAUUUUGCAGUUUGAUUUAAUAAUCCAGUAAGUGGUGAAGUUUUAUUUUGAAGGUCUACAAGGUCUUUUGAUGACUUAGCAAUUAAGUGUCAAGUCUGGCUGUGAGAAUUCAUUAAUUUUAAGGAAGAAUAAUGCAUUAUAUUUACUUUUGUGACAUACUGAUAGUUUUUAAUUCCAACUUCUAUAGCAUGGGACAUUUUUACAAGGAAAAAUUUAUAAUCUAUCAAAAUUUAUUUGGGUAUGCCUAGUUUUUUUACUCAGUUUUUUGAAGUUUAUACUUUUGUAUAAAGAAAACCAAUAAAAGUUAUAAAUUUUUA